AUGGAUUAUCAUGCCAUCCAUGGCCAUGACAUUGCCAGUUUUGACACGUCGAGCUCAACGCAUCGUCUCCCGACGGUGCCGGCGUCACAGGCUUGGGAAGACUUGAAGGCUGGCCCGACAACUCACAUCUCAACGGGAUUGGAAGACCUUGACCGUGCAUUGCUAGGGAUUGACUCGGCUGAUUCGCAAGAUGCCGCGCUGCAGGGCGGCGUCAAGCGCGGACAGGUGACUGAGAUAUGGGGACCUCCAGGUUGUGGUAAAACUGCAUUAGGAAUUCAACUGGCCGCCAAUGCCCUGAGUGGUGGUAACGGCGUGGUCUGGCUCUCCGUCGGCCUUGAUCAAUUCAUCUUUGCCGAGGUCAUUGGAAGGGAGAGGAAAGCAAAAACAAGCAAAAGGCAUGUAUCCAUCAGGUAUAAUCGUUACUGCGAGUAUCUCUCUCUAAUGCAAUGCUUCCUAGGCCCUACUCAAGCCUCAAAACGCCUACAAGGGUUACAGUUUAUCAUCACCACAUUGCAGAAGCUCGCCGCAACUAAGAACUGCGCCGUCGUCCUACUAUCGCAAUGCGCAACAAAGAUGAGAAGCGAGCAGAAACCCACACUAAUUCCGUCCAUCAACACCACGGUGUGGGAGCAAGGCGUGUCUACAAGGCUAGCUCUAUUCCGGGACUGGGCGUGGAACGGCAACAAGUCCUCCAGCGUCUUUCUGGCAGGCCUGCAGAAGAUUGACGGUAGGGUAGUCCAGGACGCCGUCGAGCAUGUGUCUGCAUUCAGAGUUGAGCCCGCCGGCAUAUCAAGUGUCCACUACCAAGUCAAUGAUCCGGGCAUGGAGGUGGCGGCAAUGGCCCCCCGUCCAAAGAGGAAACUGGGGCAGACGGAGCUGGAGGUGCCGGACAGCGACGACGACGAAGACUACGGCUGGGCAGAUGAAGACGAAGAUGCACUGCCGCCGCCGCCGUCUCAAUGGCAAGGGAGUGAGGACCUGAUUCUGGGCAAAGAGGCCGGCCUAAGCGAAGAGGAGCCGGACGAUGGGCUCCAGGACUACUAUUAUGAGGACGACGACGACGAGGCCGGGGAUGGCGACCGAAGUAACAACGAGACGGACUGA